AUCACCUUUACCCACAUUAUUGCCUUGGAUUUAGACCUGUAGACAGAAAGCUCCUUCAUACCAUCGCCUGUUGUCUUACAGUCAUUGGCGUAUUUUGGAAUAGAUCAACAGAGAAAGAAAGAUAUCCGUGAUAGAGUAAUUCACAGUCUGCGAUUGUCUGAAGAGACCUGCCCUGUUGGAGAAAGGAGUUUCUCCCGAACAUUUUUUGCAGCCCUAUUUGGAGGAAGUGAAACUGAGGAGGUUUCCGAAAUUAAGACCGUAGAAAAUGAAGAGCAUGAUCCUACACCGAACAUGCCCGUUGUCUCAAUGACAGUCAAAAGUGAGGACGACCUCACGUUUGUUAAGGAAUUACCAAAAGAGCGAAAAAUAAGCCUUAUGAUGAGCAUCUUUGAUAAAAUGAUGACAAAAGAAAAGGAUUCUAAAGAAGAAAACGACGAGAAGCCAGACAAUGUCAGACCCAUAGAUAAUAUAAGUGAAGAGGAUGGUGAGGGAAUAAUGGAAAAUGGACAACAGAAGUCAAAAGUAUACAACCAAGGUCAAAAACGGACCUCCGGUGUUGACAAUGAAGGAUUUGAUACAACUGAAACACAGCUUAACCAACAUUUUCAGGAUGUUAGCCAAGAUGAGAGAAAAGCUCUGCCAUGAAGCGAUUGCCAUUCUGCCAUUGAUAUUGUUAGUGAGUGCCACAUUGUCUACCCAAAUAUCAAGGAAGCUCUCUGGAAAAGUAGGAAACCAGUGGUCGUUCAUUGGGGCUGCUCUGACUGUAAUUGGAUCGUGCUUGUGGUUUAUGCGUAUUACCCAGUCAACAAGGGCGUUCACUUACCCGGCCGUUGUUCUACUGGGGUUUGGGUCCUCCGCCAUGUUUGUUAAUGCACUUAGUUUUGCAACCGAACUUAUUGGAGAAAACAAAGCCAGCUCUGGUUUGGUAUUCUCUGUCGUAGGUAUUAUUUCCAACCUGACCUCAGGAACUCUGUAUCUCGUCAUACAAGUUCUAUUUCCUAAAGGAAGUGAGUCUGCCGAUUGUCAAGAGUGUGGGAGUUACGUACAAAACGUGUUCUCAUUCGUGCCCAGCUCACUGGCUGCUUUUAGCUUGCUGCUUGUUAUAAUUUUUCAAAUUUACAAGACAGUCUGCGGGAAAAAAGCUAUAACAAUGACAGUGACUUCAAGCUUGUGUUACAGUUCUCGUUUAUUGCUUCACCAAUGAAAUUGGCGUUUGUGAAUGGUGUGUCAGUAUCGUGGACUGAUUAUUUUGUGUUUAUACUGUUUAACCGCCUCCCGGUUAGCUCAAUGGA